AUGAAAAAGUUAAUGAAGUACGCCAGCUUCUUUUACACCGGAGUGGGCAUACAGCCCUAUUCGAAAAGAGGAGAUUCGCCAAAGGACAUGCUCAGAGCCAGCAUUGUAUUUUGGGCCAAUGUGAUCAACUUGACCGUCGUUGGAAUAUGUGAGAGCAUUUACGUAUACGGCGCCUAUAAGGAGAAUAAACUUCUGGAGGCCGUAACCGUGAUGUCUUAUAUUGGCUUCGACAUCGUGGGCCUGAGCAAGAUGUUCUUCAUCCGCUGGAAGAAGGCGGCCAUAACUGAAAUGAUGGAGGAGUUGGAGGAGGUCUACCCAAGGGGUAAAGUUCAGGAGGACAAGUACAACCUUUCGAAGUACAUAGGCUCCUGCUCGAGGAUCAGCCUGAUCUAUUCAUCGCUAUACUCAGUUCUUAUCUGGACCUUUAACUUGUUUUGCAUAAUGGAAUAUUGGGUCUACGAGAAGUGGCUUAACAUUCGGGUGGUGGGAAAAAACUUGCCAUACCUCAUGUACAUUCCUUGGAAGUGGCAGGACAGGUGGUCCUAUUACCCACUGCUCUUCUCGCAGAAUUUUGCAGGAUAUACUGCUGCUGCCGGGCAAAUUUCCACGGAUUUGUUACUCUGUGCAGUGGCCACUCAGUUGAUAAUGCACUUCGACUAUCUCUCAAUGACUAUGGAGGACCAAAAGCUGAGUGGAAAUUGGCAAGAGGACUCGCAAUUCCUGGCGAAUACUGUGAGGUAUCACGAACGGAUCCUUCGUCUUUCGGAUGUGGUCAAUGAUAUAUUCGGGAUUCCACUACUACUCAACUUUAUGGUAUCCUCGUUCGUCAUCUGCUUCGUGGGAUUCCAGAUGACUGUUGGAGUUCCACCCGAUGUGGUUAUAAAGUUGUUCCUGUUCCUCUUCUCGUCGAUGAGCCAGGUUUACUUGAUAUGUCACUAUGGGCAGAUGGUGGCUGAUGCGAGCUAUGGGUUAUCGCUGGCCACUUACAACCAGGACUGGAAUCACGCCGAUGUCCGCUAUAAGCGAGCCCUGGUCAUUAUCAUGGCUCGAGCGCAGAAAGUAACCUUUCUGAAGGCCACUAUCUUUUUGGAUAUAACCAGGUCCACCAUGACAGAUCUGCUUCAAAUAUCAUACAAGUUCUUCGCUCUUCUCCGCACCAUGUAUACCCAAUAGGGAUGACCGGAGGAGAUCCCUAAUCCCUUCUCUAUGUGCCCCUUAUAAUGCUUUCAAAGGCUCAACGCGAACUUAAUUAUGCGGAGGCACGAGCACCACGCAUGUCCAUCGCAGCUUCGACACGGGCAAAAAACGUAGUAAUCAUUUUAGCGCAACGAGCCCGACUGAAAAGGCAAUUCUACGGCUCCACUGGAGAGCGAGAAAAUAUGUUGCUACAAAAGAAAAUUGCAGAGUACAUUUUACACUUCACUGCACACAAGUUGCGCUUAUGAGUUUUCACUGCUUGUUAUGCUCUAGCUGAAAACGGGAACUUGGUUUCCCUCGAAAUUGAAGACAUAAAGCUUCAGUUUAUUUUUGAAUAAAUAGAUUAGAGG